AAUUUUGUUUACUUUUAAAAACUAUAUAUAAUUCAGUUCUAAAUUACAGUAUUUAUUGAAAUGGGUAGAUUUGAAGUUAAUGGUAGAUAAUUUGAAACUAGAGGAGCUUCGCAAGGUGCUUAGUUUGCUAAGGCUAUUCAUACCUUCUAAGACUAUUUAAAAAAGAAGAGAUAUCAGAAUUACAAACCUAAAAUAUAUUUUUAAAGAUAGAAUUUGAAAUAUUUUCAUUUAAAACCAUAUGAUAUGCACUCACAUAUCUUAAAACACUAGUCUUCAAGCACUUAAAUAUAUUAUAUUUGUGCAUUUUCUGUAAGUUGUAUUACUUUUGCAUAUAUUUCAAGAUUGAUAUAUGAUUAAAAUGUGAGAUACCACUACUUAGUUAAUUAUCCUACCUAAAUGAGGAUCUUUGAUUAAUAAGUAAAUAAAAUCUCAUCUAAAUUUUGGGAGAUAGGAAGAGAGUACUUUAACGAUUAUAUAAUUCCCUCAAUCAGAUCUGAGUAGGAGUUCUAUAACUUUACUUAUGGUAUAAAAAACAAAAUUUUCAAAAUAGAAGAAAGAAAAGCAAAAUCUUAAUAAGAAUUCUAAAUACUAAAAUCAAAUGCAAUAGAGUCAGAUAAAGAAGUAGAAAAAUUCGACGAAGCAGUACAAUAGCAAGAUAAAGAUAUAAAAAAGUUAUUAUGGAAAUUAGAAGAAGAAUAAUAAAAGUAAUAAGAAAACAAAAAAUGA